CCGAAUAGAGCGAGCUCGGCAGCAGAGCGAAGCAAAAAUUGAGAGCGGUGGACUACUAGAACUCAGGCUACAGCCACUGUACCAACAGCUACCGCGUGCUUCACAUUUUCGCAAUUCAUAUCGGGUCCAUUGCCUCUCCCAAUAACUUUACCUAGGACGGAAAUCUAGCUGAACAUAUUUAUAAUUGUUCUCAUAGACAAAACACAUUUUCGUCUUAAUUUAUAGACGGUGGAUUUGUAAUGAAUAUUAUAACGUGAAAAUGUUUUGACUGAAUUAGUUUUUGAAACCAGGUAUAGAUAAGUAUAUCUAUAAACAGGAAUAGUCUGAGGAUUUCACUGUGUGAAAAUAGGCGUCACACGCAAAAAUUUCAGAGAUAGCAGUGAAAAGACACCAAAUGAUGUGUAGAACCAGAACAGUUUCUAUGAUCAGUUUCGAAGGUCUUUGUUUGGUAAUGAUGUUCAUUACCCCAAACUGUCGGCUUGCUCGUCAUACCGAUUUAGUCGAGGAUUCUGAGUUUGUGGUCACAGGACUGGUUGGAGAGAAAGUCGAUCUACCCUGUAAUGUAGACGUUGGAGCAUGUGGAGAUGUAUAUUUUGUAACCUGGACUAAAAACGUUUCCAAUGAGUGGAAACGGUUAUACUUGUACAGUGAUCCUGUGGAAAAGCCACUACAGGAGUUGGCUAAUCCGGAUAGAGCAGAUUUUUAUGUUCAUGAUUCUACUGCUUAUCUAAGGAUUUCUCCUUUGAAGAUUGAGGAUGAAGGAAAUUACAAAUGUGACGUCACUUACGUUCAAGGAAAGUGUCCCUCUCUGUCGUAUGCUUCUCUAACUACAAUGGCUAAACCAAGUCAGCCUAUCAUAAAAAAGGACGGAAAGGAAUUAGAAACAUCUACAAUUAUCGGACCUUUUUACGAAGGAGCCUCUUUUUCCUUUGAGUGUGUAACUUUCGGAGGAAAACCGUUACCUGAAGUAUCGUGGUUGAAGAAUGGUAAUUUUCUUCCAGUAGAACCCACUGUCCUAGAUGACAAGCUUAGACCAGCUAAUGUUACUUCAACUGUUCGAAUUGUGCUUUCAAGAAAUGACCUUGGAGCGAGACUUAGCUGCCAAGUUAAAAAUAAAGCCAUGGAAAACUUGUUAGUUAGUUGGAUUGACAUAGAUUUGCAUGUAAAGCCAUCUUACAUGGAAGUUGAAGGACCCUCAGAGCCUCUGAUAGAAGGGGAUAAAGUUAUACUUAGUUGUACGAUAGUGGGCGCUAAGCCUGCAGCCAACGCCACCUGGUAUAAUCGUUCUGAGACUAUUCUGCCACAGCCUCACGCUGAAAUUAAGCCUGGUAGUACUGGAAGCUUUAACACAAUUAGUAAUCUUGAAAUACUUGUAUCUCGGUAUGACAAUCAAGGGGUAUUUUACUGCAAAGGAUCCAACCCAGUAUUGGAGAAAAACGGAGAUCCGCCUCUGUUAAAGUCCAUUGGCUUAGAAGUUUUGUACCCCCCAGUUGUAGAGAUGCAACCACAGUCGGGAAUCACUAUUAGAGAAUCUGAAGACGCCACUGUUUUUUGCACCUUUGAUGCCAAUCCGGCUGAAGUGUACGAUGUAAUUUGGUUCAAGGAGGGCGUGCAGCUGUCGACGGAAGACGAAGACAGAUUUCAAAUAACGAAUCUUAGUCACCCUAUUCUUGUUAUCCGAAAUGUGACACGCAGUGAUUCGGGGAUGUACUCAUGCAGAUUAAGCAAUAAGAUUGGCCGUGGAAUCCCAAGCAAGGACGUUGAAAUUAUUGUUGUGUACCAACCAGAAGUAGAUAUUUCUAUUUUCCCUGCUACUGUCAACGAAAACGAUGCCAACACUGUAUUAGUAAAGUGUUCAACUGUAGAAGGAAACCCUCGGGCUCUUCUUCGGGUGCGAUGGUACAAGAACGACAUUUUUUUCAAUGAAACCAGAGAGAAUCACAUUGAGUUUCAGAAUAUCAGGCGGGAAGCAACUGCUAAUUAUUCGUGUGAAGCAGAAAACGUGGCUGGUUGGGGCGAUCGCUCACAUCCUCAUCGGUUGCUGGUGAACUAUCUUCCAGGUCCUGCAACAAUUGUACAGUUAAAUUAUCCAGCUGUUAAGGGGCAUCCAGUAACCUUCGAGUGCUUAGUGGAAGAUUUAGGUAGUCCACUGGCUACACAAUUUCGCUGGGAACAUAAUGGCAUCCUUCUCCAUAACCUCCUACAAAAUUAUACAACAGGUCCACUCAGUCUGGACACUCGUGGGAAUUACACAUGUGCUGCAGUUAAUGAGGUGGGCAGAGGACCAACCGGAUUUCUUCGUCUAACAGGAAUGGCACCACCUUCUCUAGUAGAUGGUGUUCCACACAUCCAUGGAGCGCCCUCAGACAUCAGUAGCCUGAGUAUAUCGUGCAGAAUUGAAUGUGAUCCCUUGUGUGAGAUAGAAUGGCUUCGUGAUGGUGACAGCAUUAUGAAUUCCGAUAUGUUUUUCGUCAAGACGACAGUUCUCCCGGAAGACUUGCUUACAAAUCGUUUCAAGUCUGUAGUUAGCACACUUCACUGGAAUUUUAACGCUUGGCCAGGUGGCGCUCUAAACCGGAAAACUGACAACUCCGAAUAUACUUGUCGAAGUAGUAAAAAUAUCGUAGGACCCGGAAUUGCAACUUCUACCUACUUUAAAGUAGAAUAUCCACCAGAGAAUAUUACUGUUUCUACGUCGUAUCUAGAAGUUGUGGAAGGUGACGUACCAGACAAGAUUUACUGCACCGCAGACUCUUGGCCCCCUAGCGAGUAUAUUUGGAAAUUCUCCAACUUAAUUAUUUCGUAUACGUCAGAAUUGUCUCUUAACUACAAUAUUUCCCGGGAGAACACAGGCUUCUAUGAAUGUGUGGCUUCUAACAGACUAGGGCAAAAGUCAACUGAAAUACACAUCGAUGUUGUGUAUAAACCAGAAUGCAUUGUGUACGAGAGCAAAAACAAAAAUGUGCAGACAACGUUGAUAUGUGAGGUGCAGGCCAAUCCACCCUCAGUGAACUUUACAUGGUUGAAGGAUAAUCAGACGUUUGAAGAAUCGGCGGUGUCACAUGGAACAAGAAGUGUACUGACGAUAAGUGAAGUUUCUUCAAAAUACUUUGGAACAUAUUAUUGCGUGGUAAACAACUCUAUAGGCGAAUCAGCUCCUUGUUCUACCGAAGUAACAGGUUUCAUUGGGACUGCUGGCUGGGUCCCUGAUUUUGGAGAUGAAAACAUCAUUAUCGUUGCCGCUAUCGUUGCUGCAGUUGCUGUUCUCUUCAUCGUUGUUGUUCUUGUUAUCAUCAUGAUAUUGAAAAGAAGGCGGAUGCGCAAUGAAUCCAAACAAGCCUUGAAAGAAAGGAAAAACAUGGAAUGUCGAGGGCAAUCAGCUGAAACAACUUCCAUUUCAAACCCAAACUUCCAACCAUCCUUCGUCUCUAACGGAAGUCCAACAAUGAGGAGGGGAAAUUCAGAUAUAUGAAAAGCUACAUAGUUUGAUGGCUGUGGCUAUUGGAGGAAACGAGUCCCCAAAUUUAGCA